GGAAGUUCACUUGUCAGUUCUUCGGCCGGCGGGAGUUGCCGGUAACGUCCAAAACAUCGUUGGCACCCGCGAUUCGUCAAUCGUGUUGAACAUCAUCGAGAGCUCAACGACGAGUCGCCCUUUAUGCGUAAAAGUUCCCUCUCAUCCCUUUGAGAAUUGUAAAAAGUUGAUUUGUUGAAAAUCUGUGAUUAAUUUCUCAUCAACAGUGCGCCGAUAGCUACUAUCGAUUGAUUCUCGGGUAGUUGCGUACAGAGAGCUGGAAACUGUUGCCAAGUGCUUGAAUUAUUCAUCGAAAAUCGUUAAACGAUGUACCACCACGAGAGGGAUCAUGGACGAGGAGGACGAGGCGGAGGAAACCAGAGAGGCCCUCGUGACAUGAAAUACGAGGGUAAACACGAUAAUCCCAGAUUCGGGGGAAACAGGGGGGGAAUGAGAGGUAAACAGCCUGGUAGUGCCUUGAAGAAGUUACAGUGGGAUGUCAGGUCUCUCCAGCCCAUCAAGAAGGACUUUUAUGUGGAGCAUCCAGCAGUCAAACACAGGUCUCCCGAAGAAGUCAACAAGUUUCGACAAGCAAAUGAGAUCACGGUGAUGGGUAAAGAAGUGCCAAAUCCCAUUCAGCAUUUCGAGGAGGGUAAUUUUCCACCCUACGUCAUGCAGGGGAUCAAGAGACAGGGGUACAUUCAUCCCACUGCCAUUCAGGCUCAAGGAUGGCCUGUUGCACUCAGUGGCAAGGAUCUUGUUGCUAUUGCUCAGACAGGCUCGGGGAAAACCCUUGGAUAUAUCCUCCCUGCAAUCGUUCACCUCAUCAACCAACCCCGGCCAGGUCCAGGGGAAGGUCCAGUGGCACUUAUCCUUGCACCCACCCGAGAGCUAGCACAACAGAUCCAAGAAGUUGCCAAUUACUUCGGUGAGACAGCAUCAGUCAGGAAUACUUGUAUCUUCGGUGGAGCACCGAAAGGGCCUCAGGCCCAAGACCUCGAGCGGGGUGUGGAAAUUUGCAUUGCGACUCCAGGUCGUUUGAUAGACUUCCUCGAGAAAGGCACAACAAAUCUGCAACGCUGCACAUAUUUAGUUCUGGAUGAGGCUGACAGAAUGUUGGAUAUGGGAUUUGAGCCGCAGAUUCGCAAGAUUAUCGAGCAGAUUCGUCCGGAUCGGCAGAUACUCAUGUGGUCUGCCACGUGGCCGAAGGAGGUUCGAUCACUGGCUGAAGACUUUCUGAAUAAUUAUACACAGUUGAAUAUUGGGUCACUAUCGCUAUCAGCUAAUCACAACAUCAUUCAGAUCGUCGACGUCUGCCAGGAGUUCGAGAAAGAUUUCAAGUUACAGAGACUCCUGCAGGAAAUUGGAACUGAGAAGGAGAACAAAACCAUUAUAUUCGUUGAGACCAAGAGGAAAGUUGAUGAUAUCACGAGGAAUAUUAGACGCGAUGGGUGGCAGGCUUUGAGUAUCCAUGGGGACAAAAAUCAGCAGGAGAGGGAUCAUGUUUUGCAGGAGUUCAGGAGUGGGAGGACACCAAUUCUGGUUGCCACUGAUGUUGCUGCUAGGGGUUUAGAUGUUGAUGAUGUUAAGUACGUCAUUAACUUCGAUUUCCCAUCGUCCUCCGAGGAUUACAUUCACAGAAUUGGGAGGACUGGGCGUCGAAGACAGACAGGAACAGCUUAUGCAUUUUUUACAACUCAGAAUAUGAAGCAUGCAGGGGAUUUGAUCGAGGUUCUCAGAGAGGCUGGACAGACCAUUAAUCCAAGACUGAGUGAAAUGGCCGAGAUGGCCAAAUCUGGUGGUUUCGCACGAGGUCCAAAACGUUUCAAUUCGUCUGCAAAUGGUGCAGAACGUCCAGCGAAACGCCCAGCUCCUAAUGACUCCAGAAUACAAGGAAAUAGCAAUCGACCUCGACCAGGUCCUGCUCGUGGUGGCAUGCCCUAUCACUCAAACAUGAAGCCAUAUCCUCCAUCAAAUUAUCCAGUGAAAUCUGCAGGGGGACACAAUCCUGGUUACGGAUACAAUCCCCAGAGAAAUUACAUGCAGAGCAAUAAUAUCCAGGGUUACAAUGGAGGAGGCAAUUUUUAUGGAAAUAAUUCACAGUAUUGAUGUGGAGUGUCGAGACUUCUACCUAUUUCUUACAUUUCGAAAAUGAACGUUGUAUCUUUAUUCGGUAUGUGAGGAGUGUUGCUCGUAGAUUCGAUGCACAAUUCCUGUUGAAUCUAUAAGUUAUUGAUUGAAUAUUAUUUCUUUCUUCAUUAUCACCGUCUUACGUAUGUGAUCUCAAGGAUAAUUUCAGUAUUUUUUAGUUCAAACAGAGUUAGGAAUAGAUGUGUGGAGCUAUCGUUUAGUGAGCGACCAGAAGCAUUUGCUAGUCAUUCUAUUGAUUUACGACGUCACUUGUUGAUUGAAAAGAGUUUAAAUUAAUUCGUAAAUUGUCAUUUUUAUUUUCUCCAAAUACGAAUUAAACACUUCUGUGAUUUCAGUAUAUAGACUAUUCAGUUUGUUAAACAAACUAUAAAGGCUCAAUUGUAUGACAAAAUAUGGAAAAUUGAGGUUGUCUGUAGAUUUGAUUAAUUUACUCAUGAAUAAAAAUACUUGGAAAAUUAAAUACUAUUGCUUUAUUAUUGUUCAAUUGGAAAUUAAAAUUUAUAUGAAUCAA